GAUGAUGUCGAGAAGAAGAACCGGAAGCAGGGAAAGCUGCAGUGAAGUAUAAAAGGAGACGAUGACCAAGGAGGGAUCAAUAGGAGAGAAGCUUCUUCUGCUUUGGUGCAUACGCAGGUACUUGGCCUUGGUACUAUACUGCAGAUGGAAACGGACCUGCUCUCCACAAUGCAAGUACCUACUGGACUACGCCGGAUUGUAUUGUUGUUUGGGUCGUCGUCAAGUAUCCAGCCCGUACCUCCUAAUGAUCAGCAAGACGGGCUUUUUCUCCUGGCUGACGUCGUGGUGCUUCUAGCCGUGCAUGCUGUGGCCCGCCCACCCCUCCAAACCGAAAAAAAGCCCAUCAGGGGGGGAGGGGAGCGCAUUAGUGAGAGGAGCUUAACAGGCUUGAACCCUGGCAGCUGUCGGUACAGGUACAGGACGUGUACUGCCGUUGUGAGUGAGAGUGAGCCUGUUACUCAAGUACUGAUACAUAUCUGUGCUACUACGAGUAUAUCUGCGAUGGAUGCUGCUGCCAAGCAUCACCAGUGGCACUUUCGUAUAAAAAUACCUGCCAGUAGACUUACAACUUACUCGUGCUAGAUAGCAUCUUGGCGGCAAAAACAACAAUUCGAUUGAAUUCAAUUCACUUCUGUGAUUAAUUACCUUAGGGUACACACACAUCCCAUACGAGCGCCGCAAGUGGCACCAGACCAGGCUGAGGCGGAAAUAUG